AUUACAAGACAUUUUUCUCACGCGUCACUUACUUCUCUCUCUUGACUCUGACUGUUCCACUGUCUCCCUCUCUCUGUUUCAAACAAAGCUCUCGACUUUACUCAUUUAUAGAGAGAAUUAGAAACUAAUCAGCUUCUGGGUAUCUGUGAAACGACAGUUAAACUUGUGUUUUACUUCUGCAUAUAUAUAUGUAAAACACAUAUAUAUAUAUAUAUUUGGUGUGUGUAUGGGUUUUCAAAUGAAAGGUGAAGGGAAGAUGGUGAUGAAGUCUAAGAUGAAAUGGGUUGGUUUGGUUGGAUUAGUUUUGUCUGCUUUUAGUCUGUUUGUGCAUUUUCUUCUGGCUAGAUUCACUCAAGAGGGUAUAUCUGACUACCAAUCUUCUAUCACUAUCUUUUCUUGGAGACCCAUCUUUGAGACUAAUGCUGAAUUCCCCAAAAAUAGCCCGUUGUACAGAAGACUAUGGGGUCCGGUACGAAGUCUCGAAUCUUUGCAUCCAGAUGCAAAUCCCAGAGGACAUUAUGCUGAUCCCAAACCACUCUCAAAUGGAUAUGUCUUUGUGAAAAUACAAGGCGGUUUUCAUGAAAUUAGGAAUUCGAUUUGCGAUGUGGUUGCGGUUGCUCGGCUUCUUAAUGCCACUUUAGUGGUUCCUGAGAUCCAAUCAACCACAAGCAGCAAAGGAAUCAGCUCCGAGUUCAAGAGUUUUGCAUACCUUUACAAUGAGGAUGAAUUCAUGGCAGCUUUAGUAAAAGAUAUAAAAGUUGUGAAAACCCUUCCCAAAGAUCUUAAAGGGGCAAGGAGAAAGAAGCGGAUUCCAUCAUUCAAAGUUUCUCGUUCAGCUUCGCCAUAUUUUUAUUUGCAUCAAGUUCUUCCAGUACUCAGUAAGCAUGCAGUGGUUGAAUUGGUGGUUGCUGAUGGAGGAUGCUUGCAGGCUAUUCUUCCACCUCAGCUUGAAGAGUAUCAAAGACUGAGAUGUAGAGUUGCUUUUCAUGCCUUACGGUUCCGACAAGAGGUCGAGGAACUUGCAACUAAGAUUCUGCAUAGGUUAAGGGCGUCUGGCCGGCCAUUUAUAGCCUUUGAUCCUGGGAUGACAAGGGAUGCUUUAGCAUAUCAUGGCUGUGCCGAACUCUUCCAGGAUGUGCACACUGAACUCAUUCAGCAUAAGCGAGCUUGGAUGAUGAAACACGGUAUCAUCAAGGGAAAGCUUACUGUAAAUUCUAUUGAACAGCGGCUCAAUGGUUUGUGUCCUUUAAUGCCAGAGGAGGUUGGUAUUCUUCUCCGCGCAUAUGGAUACUCAUGGGAUACGGUUAUAUAUGUAUCCGGUGGAGAAGUUUUUGGUGGCCAAAGAACAUUAAUUCCUCUUCACGGAAUGUUUGAAAAUGUUGUCGAUAGGACUUCUCUAAGUGCAGGAUGGGAGCUUAGUAGAAUUUAUGGCCGCGAGGUUAACCUUGUUGACAAAUAUCCAAGGACCCCGCCUUCUUUUGUGGAAGAAAAGAAGAUUGUAGAUUGGAAAAAUGCAGGUCCAAGGCCUCGGCCACUUCCGCCUCCGCCAGCUCGGCCUAAAUCUUAUAACAUUGAAGGGUGGUGGGGUUGGGUUGCCGAGAGUGAUAAUGAGCCUGAGAGCACGGUCAUUGAGUUGAGGACUAAUGCCCAUAAAUUGCUAUGGGAUGCAGUUGACUAUAUGAUCUGUGUUGAAGCUGAUGUGUUUAUUCCUGGAUUUGACCGUGAUGGUAAAGGGCGUCCAAAUUUUGCCAGCUUGGUUAUGGGGCAUAGGCUCUACCAAUCAGCUUCAUCUAAAACAUUUCGACCGGACAGGAAAGAAGUUGUCAAGCUUUUGGAUGAAAACAAAGACCACCUAUAUCAAGCAAACCAUACGUGGCUGACAUCUAUACGCAGACAUCUUCGAAGAAGUUUGAUCGACGGGUUAAAAGAAACAUCGACUAAAACCAAGCCAUUAUCUUUUAUUUCUCAUCCAGUUCCUGAAUGUUGUUGCUCGAGAUCUGUUCAUACUGAAACAUCAUCGCACGCUUCAAGCCCGUCAGCUCAGACACAGGUUGAGGCUACUCUUGGAGUUACCCACCACUGCCCUAAAUGGAUGGAUGGUGAAGAAAUGUCAAGGUCAAAGGAAAAAGAAAUUGAGGAGGAUCUCGAUGAAGACGUUUCAUCGUCUUCGGGAUUUUUUUUCAAGCAUAGUGUCGGAAAUAAUGAAAAUGGAGGUGGAGAGAUAAAUAAAGAAGAAGCUCCAAUGGAAGACCAGGAAGAACUCGAGAGUUCCGAAUAAUAAAGAAGAGCCCCAUUUAGCCGCGGUUAUAGUUUAUGGUUCAGCCUGUGUAGGUGAGGGAAGGAAGGUUUAGUUAACUUCUAACUGAAGAAAUCAAUUAGCCAGCCUUUAAAUUUGACCCGUGUGUGUUCUGAUCGAUCGCUCUUCCGGUAAGAAUCCCCACUUUUGAUUCUGGGAAAAUAUAUAGGUCAAUUUUGAGAUAGACUAGGAUGUUCCUUGUGACACUCUUUUGUGGAAAAAUUUCUUCUUUUCCUAGGCAUUUUAUUGAUUACAGUUUGUAACAUAGUUUAGCAGAAUAACAUAGGUGCUAAUCAGUGAUGGAAUUGUAUUUUUUUUUAAUUAUAAUUGACGAAUAGAAAGUUUCGAGACAACUAAA